CACAGACGAGGAACAGAUUUGAAUCAGGCAAAACGGAAGUCUCCUGUUUCCUGCCUGUAGUUGGGUCCUGUACAGCAGCCCGUGCGAGGCCGUCCUGGAGACCCCGCGCUGCCUGCACCUCUAUCGUCUCGGUUGUCAUGGAUGAUGAAGACGGCAGGUGCCUUCUAGAUGUAAUUUGUGACCCAGAAGCUCUCAAUGACUUUCUUCAUGGAUCUGAGACCCAUUUGGACACUGACGACCUUUUGGAUGGUUCGAGUGACCCCACCAGCUCGUUCUUCUCUACCACUGGGGGCCAUGUUCCAGAGGUCCAGCCUGCAGUCCAGCUGUCGGCCAAUGAGCCAACAGGCCUGCCUAGGGUCAGUGUUGACUUGGACUUUCUGGAGGAUGAAGACAUCUUGGGAGGAUCCCCAGGUGGUGAAGGUGGGAGCAAUGGCAUUGGGACAAAUCACGAGCCCUGUGACAUCCUGCAGCAGAGCUUGGCUGAAGCCAACAUCACAGAGCAAAGCCUACAGGAGGCAGAGGCCGAGCUGGACCUGGGCUCCUUUGGAAUCCCAGGCCUUACGCAGGUGGUUCAGACACUGCCUGAUGCCAGCCUUUCUGGGGCUGGAGGCACUGCUGUUGGUGUAGGCAUAGGCGUUGGCGUUGGGGGAGCAGCAGCAAUUUUCCCAGGAUCUGCCCCGAGCACCACUGCUACUCCUCCCAACGCCACAGCUGAUAUGCUCGGAUCAGUGCUUGCUCAGCAGGGCCUUCAACUGCAACCCCAGGUCAUGAACAAGGCCAUUAGUGUUCAGCCAUUUAUGCAGCCUGUGGGCCUGGGAAAUGUGACGCUUCAACCCAUUUCAAGUCUCCAAGCUCUUCCUAAUGGGAGUCAGUCUGGACAUUUGGGGAUCGGACAGAUUCAGGUUGUGGGUCAGCCUACAGUCAUGACUAUCAAUCAGUCUGGGCAGCCUAUCCUGGCUAAAGCCAUGGGUGGUUACCAGCUGCACCAGUCUGGGCCAGAGGUAUCAGGUGCUGGUUCUCAGCCAGGGCUUGGUGGCUCAGGGGGUGGACUUCUGAUCCAAGGUAACAAAGCCACUUUGGGAUCUCCAGCUUUAAAUGGACCAGCUGUGUGUGUCAGCAGCACAAACAGCAGCAGUGGUGGCACAAUGACUGCUCCUACUGGGCUUGUGGGCUUUGGCAGUACCCCUCUGAGUUCAGGAAUUGGACCCCAGACCCAACCUCAAGGUCAAAUCAUGCAGAACGUGAUCAUCCAGCGCACACCAACACCCAUUCAGCCUAAACCCCCUCAGGGUGGAUCCAUUCAACCGAAACUCUUCAAACAGCAACAGCAACAGCAGCAGCAGCCACAGCCAGCACCCCAGCCCCUGCAAAACGAUGCCCACAAGGCUCUAGGGCUGCAGCAACUUCCAGUUUCUACUGCUCAGAAUGUAGCCUUCUUGACAGGAAAACCAGGCUCUAAUGUUGUCCUGAGUACUCAAGCCACAACACAAGGCCCUCAGUUUCAACAAACUCUAUUCAAACAGCAAGCAGCACAACCAUCUGGAAAGCCCCUUAGUGUACACCUGUUGAACCAACCAGGCAGCAUCGUUAUUCCCUCUCAAACAGUUCUGCAAGGCCAGAACCACCAGUUCCUUCUGCCGCAGCUACAGGCAGGUGGGCAGAUCCUGACCCAGCACCCGGGGGGCCACAUCAUAACUAGUCAGGGUCCUGGUGGACAGCUCAUUGCAAACCAGAUUUUAACUGCAAACCAGAACAUCAACUUGGGUCAGGUGCUGACUUCACAGGGCCACCCUGGGGCUGCCCACAUCCUGUCUGGACCCAUUCAGCUCCAGCCUGGCCAGAUGGGCACACCCACCCUCUUUCAGAUGCCUGUCUCACUGGCUCAGAGUCAAAGCCAGACACAGACCCACACUGUCUCAGGUCAUGCCCAGACAGUAAUACAGGGCAUGCCAAUCCAGAACUCCCUGACCAUGCUUAGUCAGGUGGAGGGGCUGAGCCCUGCAGUCAGUCUUCAGCCAGCCCUACAACCCCAGCCAGGCGGAGUCCCCAGCAGCAGCAGUGCAGGAGCAGCAACCAUGGCACAAGGUCAGCCAGGAGAGUGUGUUACGGUGCUGGGUAGCUCCACAGACCAGGCUGCUCAUCCCACUCAGCAGCAUGUACCACAGCCCUCUAUCCUCACCAUGCACACAGCUUCCUCUGUGUCCACAGCCACCACAGUACCCUCGUCUUCUCCGUCCAUGUCGGUGCCCACCUCUUGCUCCGUCACAGCAGUGGGGCUGGUCCCCCCUCAGGCUCAGCACAGUCCAGGGAGGUUACUCUUCACCAACCAGGGCUCCAGUAUGAUCCUGAGCCAGGAGUCUCUGCAGAUGUUCCUGCAACAGGAGCAGCACCACCAAACAGAGAAUGACUCAACCCCCUCUGUGGGCGUACCAGCGUCUGUAAUCGUCAGCAGCAACAGCAUCACUGCUCCGGCCCCUGCUGUCCAUGACAGCCAAUUAACUGACUCGUGGGUGGGUCAGAGCCACAGCCCUUCCCCUGGCCCCUCCCACAUGACAGCAGUGGUAAAGCAGGUACCCUCCAGUGGACAUAAACAGCCCCUGAAGAUCCAGGGCAUGUCCCCCUCACCGGCCUUGACUACUCACACCACAGCGCCCACAGUGGCAGACAGCCCGCAGCCUUCCCAGUCUCCUCUCACUCUGAGCCAGCAGAUCCAGUCGCCACACCAUCAACAGCAGUCGCAUCCUCCCUCUCAGCCUCAGCCACAGCCACAGUCUCAAACCCCCUCCCGCUCAUGCACACCCUCAUCUCACCCUCCGCUUUUUAUUGUCCAUAACCAAAUAGCGGAGUCCCCCCAACCAGCUCCACAAGGCCCGCCACAACAGACGCAGCCCCAGCAGGCACACAUUCAAGUUCAGCUACAGCCGCAGCCACGGCCAGCUUCUCAGCCCGCCCCUUAUCAACAAGAUAUUCCUCCUAUGUCACAGUCACCGAAGCCUCCUGCUGCACCACCUGCACAGCACCAGUUUACUGCUCCUCCUGUGAGCACUUCCGCUACUGCUGUAGUGAAAGCCCAUGUUCCCAUUCAGGGCCUGACAGCAGAGCAGCAGCACCACCUGCAAUUAGUAGGAGCGCAAAUUCAGACCCUGUCAGGCAUCACCCAGCCCUCUCCUCAGCAGAAACUGCUGCUGGAUAAGCUGCACCAGGUUCAGCAGAACAUCCUGCUGCAGACCAAGCAGCCUGCUCUGCCACAGACUCAACCACAGCCUCAACCACAGCCUCAAGCCACCAGUCAGUUCAGCUCCCAGCAAGAUGUGCCUGUUGAUAAAGUGGUGAUUGCAUCUGCAGCCAGCACUGGUGCGCCUGCUCAGCUUUCCUCGGUGCUGCAGCCGACGCCAGUGCUCGUCAAAACUCCUGUUACAGCAUCAAGUGACUUACAGGUAUUCUCAGGAGCCCAAGGACCAGCUGGAGCAAUGGUGAAUCAGACUGUCACUCCUGCAAGCCUUACCCAGCCUGCACAGGUUCAGCCAAAGCCAGGGGUGAUCAGCUCAGUUGGAGGGAUGACUUUGGGGAAAGGUGGCAUGCAGAUACAGGUGUUAGGAGCUAGUUUGACUCAGAUGCCUGCUCCACAGCCGCCAGCUCCUGUACCCACUCAGACAACAACAAUAAAGAUGCCUUUCAGUGCAGAGCCCAGCAAAGAAGCCAGGAUGCUUGAACAGCUGAGGAAACAGCAGGGUUCAGUGCUUCACCCAAACUACAGUGCUCCUUUCCACUCCUUUGAGGACACAUUACACAGACUGCUGCCUUAUCAUCUCUACCAGGGAACUGCCAACUCUUCUCAAGAUUAUCAAAGAGUGGAUGAUGAAUUUGAGAGGGUCUCCUGCCAGCUGCUGAAGAGGACCCAGGCCAUGUUGGAUAAAUAUCGCUACCUGCUCUUUGCCGAGUCCAAACAGAGACUGGGCCCCUCGGCAGAGAUGGUGAUGAUUGACCGGAUGUUCAUACAGGAGGAGAAGAUAGCAUUGAAUCAGGACAGGAUUUUGGCCAGAGAGAGACCAGAGGAGUUUGUGGCAAAUGCACGCAUGUUGGAGAGUGUAGUUUCAUCGCAUCAGAAAUCAUCUUCUGCAGAGCCCACCUCAGUGAGUGGAGGUGUAGCUACUGCUGUGCCCGCUCCAGCGCCUGCAGCUCCAACCUCAGCACCUCUUCUAAACAUCGUCCCAAACCCUCCUCCAGGACCAGCUCCCGCUCCUGCUCUUGCUCCUGCUCCAGCUCCUGCUCCUGCUCCUGCUCCAGCUCCUGCUCCAGCUCCAGUUCCAGCCCCAGCUCCAGCUCCAGCCCAAGCUCCAGCCCCAGCCCCAGCUCUAGCCCCAGCCCCAGCUCCAGCCCCAGCUCCAGCACCUUCUGCCACUCCUUCCUCCACCCCUUUCCCCCCGACCAAACUAGUAAUAAAGCAGGGUGGAGGAGGAGCGUCUGUGUCCUGGUCCAGCAGCUGCCCCGCACCUCCAGCUGCGACAAGCAGGCUGGUGUCUGAACCCACGAGCCAGAGCGCCUCCUUCAGUCGUGCUCCUGCAGCAUCGUCAUCUUUCAACUCUCAAGUGGCUGAUGAUGACGACGAUGCUCUCCCGCAGAGAACCAGCAAACCGCCAAUCAAGACCUACGAAGCUCGCAGGAGAAUUGGCUUGAAGCUUAAGAUCAAGCAGGAUCAAACGGGGUUCAGCAAGGUAGUCCACAACACUGCCUUAGAUCCAGUGCACACACCUCAGCCUCAGCAGAGCAGCCAGUCCACGUCGCAGCCUCAGACUCAGCCUCAGUUUGAAGCUGUUGUACCGCAUUCAAAGUCCCACCCUUUAUCAACUUCUUCUACCACAGUCAUCAGAACGCAGCCCCCCGUAUGUGCUGCUUCUUCAGCCUCAUCAGUCACCAUAGCAACCACUCAGUGUAAUCCGACAUUGAGAGGUAAUGUUCCCACUAGUGCGGCACCAUCUUCCUCUACCUCUUCCUCUCAUAGUUGGUCUUUGUCCACCUCCUCCUCCACUCAGAUGAACGGGACAUUGGAUCAUCACGACGUGGGUGGGGUCAAACAUAAUUCUGCCUCCACUGCCACUCACUCACAGACAACUUGUCGUCUCCCACUUCGAAAAACCUACAGAGAAAACAUUAGUCCCCGGGUCAGGCCUGGUGUCCCAGGGGGAGGAGACGAGAGUUUGUCCUACCCCAGACCCACGCCGUCACCCCCCAGGCACGAGGCCUCAUCUCCUCCCUCAGAGCGGACAGUGAUAGCCAGUGUGAAGGUGGAGAAAAGAGGCAGGGAGGCCUCGCACGCUCACACAGAGUCGAGCCAUGAAACGGGCCGCUUAGGUAGUACAAUGCAGGGGCUGGACGACAUGGACGAGGUGUUUAACCGGGGUAUCAAAUCCACACAGCACCAUCUGCCACAGCUGUUAGACAGGGAAGGGCCGAAGGACAGAGGGGAGGAGCACACAGACAAAGAAACAGAUGUAAGUAAAUACAAGCGGGCGAGUGGAAAAAAUAGACAUAGGGCAGGUGGGACAUUCAGAAUGGACCAGCAUGCCCCCGGGCCCCCCUCUCCAGAGUCCUCCUUCACACGAGACUCUUUGCUUCCUGCCAAACGCUGCAAGUCAGACUCCCCUGACAUGGAUAAUGCCAGCUUCUCCAGCGGCAGCCCUCCGGACGACUCUCUGAAUGAGCACCUGCAGUGCGCCAUCGACAGCAUCCUAAACCUGCAGCAGGAGCCCUCUGCCCGCGGGCACCACAUUAAAGGGGGCAACAGCAGGUCCCAUCAACACCAAAGCCAGCGCCCAGGGGGCCCGGCAGCCUCAUCCCACAGACCCUCAGUCCCACCCUCCUCCUCUGCUUCCUCGUCCUCCUUGGCCCAGCACCCUCAGGUUGGUGGCCGUGGCCACAAUGGCAGCCUGGUGCCCCAGACUCAAAGUAGAUAACAGCCCCUCAGCCCCAUGCCAGACUGACGAAGGGGGGGGGGCUAAGAGACCGGUUUAGAGGCAGGUGAAGGGAGGGGCGCUGUGAGAACAGUAUCACUGUACUACUCUGCCAAGCUGUGUUGGCUUUGUUUGUCCAUUUGAAUUGUCCAGACAUUUCUUUGUCAUUUACAGCAUGAGGUCGACCCGUGGUGGUGAGAUGAUGGUUCAAUUAAAUUAAAAUUUGAGAAUUUCAGAGUUGAAGAUGCCUGCAAUUUUGUAUGUGAUCCAACAUUGAGUGACAAGAUAAAAUUGUCAGAGGUCGUAGUUACCAAUUUCUUUCUUCCCGUUUCACUUUUGAUCUCUUCUUUUCCAUGUUCAUUAUUCAUACAUGCCUUUCAUGUGGCCUAAAGCACCAUUCUUUAUCUCUAACGGUUCAUCUUCUGGUUUAAACGGUGUCCCGGCGUGCAUCAGGCAACUCAUCUAAGCUGUUCAGUUUUGUCAACAACCUUCUUUAACUCUGCGACCUGCAGAAGAGAACAACCAGGAUCUUACUGUAAAGCGUCAUAAUCUUCCUUUACCAGCCAGAAUUGAUUCUCUAUUGACCAUAAAGCUGCCCUACAGACACAAACUGAAGGCGGAUGUUUCAUUAGAAGGUAAAUAAAGCUGAAGGCUCAGUUACUGCUCACAAGACAACUGCUUUCUGUCUGUGAUUGUCAAAAUCAGUUGGUCUUGGCCUCCUUUUCAUAUCAUGUAUUUUAAAGUGAAACAUGUUGAGAAAAUCACUUUGAAAAUGAAGUUGUUAUCCUUUUGACAGCUCUUAGGUGCUGUCAAGAUGUAAAUGAAAUGUAUGGAAAUUCAUCUCUGUCCUGCUUCCAAUGUCACAUGAUUUUACAGGUUCUUGUUUUUAGAGCAGACCCUCAUGCACACCUGCCCCACUGUCACCCCUGUUGUCCUCCUCCUCCUUCUCCUCCUCCUCCUCCUGUUCCUCCUCCUCCUCCUCCUCCUGUUCCUCUCCUGUUGCUUUUGAUGCCACGUUAGGUGGACCUUCUGCAUUUCAGUCAGCAGGGGGCAGGCCAGUUUUAACCGUCGAUUUCUGUGUUCUCAGUCUGUUUCCUCUUUCUGCCACUGUAUCCCUGCCUCUCCUGUGUGUUUUUUCUUUGUCUUUUUUUUUUUUUUCUUUAAGCCUGGUGGACAAUUCAAACACAAACACAGCACAAGCAUUGAAAUGGAAAAAGGAACAAUAAUAAUGUACAAAAAGACCGUAAGAGAAUUUGAAGUAUAGUAUUACAGAUUAAUUUUGUAUUGUAUUUAUUGUGUAUAAUGACACUUUUUAAAAAGAAAUGUACAUUUAGUAAAACUGUAAAUUAAACCUUGCUUCUUUUAUGAAA